AAAAAGCAAGGUUUUCCAAUAUAUCACUCAGGCGUUCGUGAUCCCCGGUUUUAGGCAUGGAACUUUUCAAUUGAAAUACAUGUACAAAGACGACCUAGCUCUUGAUGCAAAAAUCGUCCGUGACGUGACCCCCUAAGCUUUGCAUAGUUUAUCCUGCGGUUUAUCGGCUAGUAGUUUAGUGUGUGCUUCCAGUCUGACGCGUGGGACGUACGGCUCUGACCAAUUAACGAGUAUUAUCGGCAAGCCUUUGUCGGCACCUUUGUAAUGUUUAGGGGGUAGUGGGCAAUGAUUGAGCUAUAAUUAAUCCUCAGGGAAUGGGCGAUGUAAGCAAAGCAAUGCGUGGCAGCAGUCGAGAGUAGUCGCUACUGUACCUGCACAUUCAGAUCACUACUCAUUUGGAAGCGAUGUCUGUGUUCCUGAUCGAAAGAACAAAAAGCUUUAUUUCUUGUGUGAAAUGUUAGUGAUUGUUUUUUUCUUCUUGGCUAAAAAACGGGUAUAGCAUCAUUAACUGGAAAAGUUGAACAGCUAUGCUGCCAGGCACCAUCGUUGAAUUUGUCAGUACAUAAUAUGAUGUUUGCUGACGCACAUGUACUAUUAGCUGUUUGAAGUCUACGUAUGACUUCUACUCCUCGGACUGAACCAGUAGGUUAAGGUUGAUAACAUUGCCGUCCAAAGAUUUUACCCUCUGUUGAAAAAAUGGCGAACACAGUAGUAUCAUACUCAUGUUGGGUGAAGGUUGGGCUUGUUCUUUUGCUGUGUGCUUUGACAUCCACCAACGGUGUGUAUGUUCACGAGCGGAGACGGGAGCUGUUGCUGGACACAAGCAUUGACUCAAGUGAUCGGCCGAGUAUCCAAGGUGAUACUAGCAAGCAUCAUGAAAAUCAGAACCCAGCAGAGUUGGGAAUGACAUCACCUAAACGGAAACCGUUCCAGAGAACUUUGGUCUUAUGCAACGGUGAUGAUGAUUGCGAACAGAAGUCAUUUUGUCAUGGAGGAGAGGGCCACAAGUCAUGUCUUCCCUGCAGACGGUCCAGAAGACGCUGCCAGCGGAAUGGCAUGUGUUGUCAUGGCAACGUGUGCCGACAAGGCCGAUGUGUUCCAAAGGAGAUGCGAUACGAUUCUUCAUUUGCAAAAGCUUUUUCUACCGAUUCGGAAGAAGAAAGUAUUUCCCAACACACCAGAGAAAACAUGCGGAAACUUCGUGAAGACGAGGUGUGUGAGGCAACCGACCAGUGCGCUCAGGGUCUUUGUUGCGCGCAGCACUUCUGGACGCGCAUAUGUAAACCAAUCUUAGUGGAAGGAGAUGUAUGCACCAAGAAACGAGAUCGCCUAACUGCAGUCUUCCAAAGAUGCCACUGUGGUGACUCUUUGUCAUGUAAAAGACAUCCUUCGCCCGAUUUCCGUUACCAUACCUGCCAGUUCUCCAAAACAAAAAAACGCCUUUCAAAUGAAGACGGUGUCAUUGUCAAAGUAGUGAACGAGAACGAUGAGCCUCCCAUAAGGAUUGAAGUACAAGUGACAAAAGAUGAAUUGCAGCAUGAAUGGAAUGGAGAGGCAGAUAACACUGAUGGUGACCGACCAGACAGAGAAAUAGUUGAGGAUUACGUUAGCGAAGCUCGGUCGAUGUAUGAAAAUCAUUGGGAUGAUGAUGACGAUGAUGACGUAGAAGACACAAAUCAGAUGGGAGAGAGUACGUCCAUUGUCACCAGGUCACCGGGACUUCAGGCGAGCAGUGCCCGAUCAGUUACCAGUUUAAUGGAGGUUUUAUGACCUACAUAGGUGGGUCAUAUAUUGGCAGCAAUUAAAAAACGAAUAAGUAUCCAUAAGCAGCGCAGUGAUACGGGUUUUGUUAAUAUUGAUAGUCUAUUGUGAGUAUAACCAGUAUCAUAUCGAGUUUUAAAACGGCUGCUACAUUAUUGUCUAACGCGUAUAGAAUUAAAGGACGCGCUUUAAUUGAAUUAAUGUAUGGUUUGGAAAUACUACUCUUUCUUUCCCCAUUCUUCAUGUUACAAUUCGGGGUGUUUCGAUGUCAUCUAUUUCAUGUAUAGAGUAUAAAUUUUUAUCAAAAUACAACUAGCGCAUUAUUGUAAAGCCCAGUCGUCAGCGGAAGUAAAAAAUUUACAAAACGGUCGACCGUUCAAACUUUGCCUGGCACCCUGUGUUUCAAAGGUGUAUUUAAAUGCAAAAACGAUUGGAUCAAAAUGUAACUUCCGACUAACCAUGAUCGAUGUCCUGCCACCCAUCAAGCCAACUUAAUUAAUCUCAAAAGAGAGUCUGACACGCACUUUUUCCAUCGUUGCAUAAUACGGAUUGUAUGUCACAAGUAAGCGAAAGGAAUAUUCUUGAAACUCACAGUCAAAACUUUUGUGCAGAAUUUGCUGGUCAAUGGACAACCGCUCCCUUGUUCAUACUACCAUAGCAAUUGUGCUGUCAUGUAUCAAGUGGAAACAUAAACAUGUACAUCCUUUCCCUUAUACUACCAUAGCAAUAGUUCUGUCAUGUAUCAAGUGGAAACAUAUACCUGCACAUUUUAAUAUUGAAGUGCUUUUUUUAGUUAUCAGUGACCAUUUUCUUUGAUUUUAGUCGGUAUUAACGAUUUGUUGGGUAGAGUUUACCUCAUACAAGUGGACAUAUAUUUAUAUCUCUUUAUAAUAUUUAAUCGAAAAUUGAGAAUCCACCCACCUGCUUAUCAUUUAACUGACAUACUGAUAUAGAGAAAGAUCAGUAUUAUAUACAUGUAUAACUUCGUUCUGACUUGACGAAACUGUUGUUUUUGUUUGUUUUUAAAGACACAACUUACAAAAUAGUGCUAGAGCCAGAGGUGAGUCUGUUUAACAGUAAUGCCAGCUUAACUUAAAAAUAAUCACUUAAAAAGCACACUUUAACAUUGAGAAGCGUCACUGAUUGAACAUGUCGAAACAGAGUUUUAGGCCAGCUCAAUUUGUUUCUGAGGUUAAAUAUUGGUUCAAAAAUACUUUUCACUCUUCAAGUCGUGGUUGUUCUAACCCAACCCUUUGCAUUCAAUUUAGAUAUCACAUUUGUGGACUAUAACAAACACAAUCACCUGUCUUUUGUUAAUAAAUAUACUAUACGACAGGACAUCAUGCAUAAACCUUCGACUUUUUAAACGAUGCUUUAACUUUAAGGGGUUAAUACGACCAUACCAUAUACAUGUACCUUUCAACAAGGGUCAUGGUAUCACUUUUAAGUGGAGAUCAUAAAUGUUAGAAUAACAAAGGUUUCAUGUCCAGGGCCAUGCAUGAUUGAGCACCAUCAACAAGAAUUUAGGGUGCAAAAAUGUGGUUGGUUCACUUUCAUGAUACCACUAUGGCCAGAAUGGAUAUGCCAGGCCUUUUGGAUUAACCCCAUUGCAUAACCUGGCAAAACAUUAUUCACAAUCAAGGUGCGGCAGUUGGCCAUGUGAAAUGCAACGAGGCUCAAUAAGUGAACCGGUGCAGUUUUAGCACCAUGAUUUCAAUCCGUUGGUAUUCACUUUUAUGCAACAACAUGAAUAGGUAAGAAAGGUUUCAUUUGAAAGCUCUUAUCUUCAAUUUUAUUGCUGUGGCCCUCAAAAUGCUAUGUGGGAUACCACAGGGCUAUAUUUUACCUUUUUUGAAAGAAGUGUUGGCUACUUCACUACUUCAAAGCUGUUCUCAGUUUGAAUGAGUUGCAAACUGAGUUCAGUUUGAAAAAGUUGCAACUUAUUUCUAAUACGUACAUACCAUUUGAAAAAGAGAUUUCUCUCACCUGGCUGUUCAAGGAGAGGUUCUUUUGCACAUUUAACAUUAAGAGACUGUCGAGUGGUCAUUACUAUUUAAAUCUGAGGUACACCUGAUACGGUGAUAAAUUUACAUGUGCAUUUGAAUGCGAGGCCAAUUUGAAAGUCGCGAAGUAUUUCUUGCCCUGUUACCCACAUUUCUGUUCCCUGGAGCUAAACCACUUAUGCACGAAACGAAAUGCAGGUCUCGUCAUUAACCCCAGCACACAAAUCCCAACCGCCUAACGGACAGAGUGCGAGUCGCCAGCCUAGCCCAGGUAAUGAUAAAAGCUUUAAAACCCGUAUCUCACUGAGCUGCGACAGCUCGCGACUAGUUGAAGAAACAAAACUGAAAAAAAAACCCACCAGAAUGUAGUGACAAUUUUCACUUGGACUCGUACCGAUUUGUUACUUACGUCACAUUUGCGUAAGUCACACGAGCUCCUGGCAAAAUUUCGGUCAGAAUUCGCCUGGAGUUCACAUAUACAUAUAUGCCGUGCGACUGUAGCACGACAUUUUGCGCCUGGCUCGCACCUGGAUUGUCGGAUUUUCAUUUUUGUCUUCAACCAGUCACAGUUUAGUUUCAUAGGUCGCCAACCCCUCGCAAAGUUUCAUAUUUCUCGCACUUUCUGACUCGCAGAAACUAAAUUGAGAAGGGUUCAAGACAGGUUUGAGACACCAGCAAGGACUCUGACUAUUUUGACAGAAAAUUUGUCACUUAACAUUUUUGAACAUGUUCAAAAUUCUCCCAAUACGAAAGCGAGACUGCGACUCAAGCGAGGAUAUUGAAAAAACCUGAACGUUUCGAGACAUUUUUGAAAUUCUUUCGGGAAUGCCGUUCGCAAAUUGUCUGCAACAGUCGCAGCCCAGUGAGAUACGGGCUUAAGAAGCAGAAGUUCUUCACGUUGCAGAUCAAUAGAGUAUCUUCAUAGACGGUUUAUGUAGUACACUGACAUGAAUAAAUCAGGAUGAUAUCGUUCUUUUUUAACACACAGUCUUAUGGGAAUUGGCUAGCGACUGGCUGGAAUUUUUUUCUGGCUAGAGGAUGCCCUGACUAUAAAGUGACUAAACCAGGUUUUUCAGCAUGAACAGAGGUAGGAUAUGAUGGAAGGUGGUGGCAUUUGGACUUUUUUUUUUAAAGUUAACAAAUUUCCGACUUUGGUCCCCUCCCUGAAGACCACGACCUCUAUACAAAGAUAAACUUACUGUCGUUCUGGGGGUGAGGAAUGCCCAGUACAAAAAUUGAUAGGGUAAACGGUUACGUAUGCUGGGUUUUGAGGAUUUUACAGAGUCAUAAACUCACCGUUAGUUUUACUGCUAUUUUGGGUAUCUUCGUUUAAAGGCGAUUAAAAAAAAUUCGUCGCUAACCCCCA